UAAACAUUGAUGCAGUGAUGCACGUGGAUGACCUGCGUCACCCAUGCUCCCAACACAUCUGGAUACUUGGAUGACGCAACCUGAUUGAUCAACACCUAAAGUAUUCAACAACACCAAACCCUCAUUUCUCGCCGUACCGCAGGGCAUUUCCACGCCGUGACAUCCGAUUGGCAUUGCGUCUGCACGAUGGCGACCGCCGAGACCGCAAACCUCGGGGACCCGCAUGAGCCGAAGGAGGAGUCCAUCAGGGUGUAUAAACAGGUUGAACAUGAGCUGAAGCGGUCCCUCGUGCGCACUCGUCACGAAUACAACAAACAUGAGCCAGAGUACUUUGCUACCGUCCAGCACCUGAGCGAUGCACAGUUGACGGGCUUUGGGGCAGACGACAUUCAGCAAGUCCGUGUCGCCGUCACUGCGUACGGCGUGCACCUGUUCGGCAAGGUGCGCAUCCCGGCCUUGCCCGACGAGGGCCCAGCCUACAUUCACUUCCGAGCCUUCACUGGAGGCCCGGAUGACCAAGCGACACUCCACUCCAUCCACACCGAGGAUAAGGAGGAAGAGGGUGGCGGACAUACAUACCGUGCAAUCUUUACAAAGGACGAUGCGUUGGAAUGGUUCGAUACCUAAGGAAUGAGGACCUGUGUACGAUCGCUCGUAGUAAUCGAGUCACGGCAAACUGACUGCAGAACAAGCGCCCCCCUAUUUUGUGACUUUCCACAUAAUGACA